AUGUCCGGUAUUCGCAAAAAGUUUGUAAAUGAGCCAGAGAAUGUUGUAAAUGAUUCACUUAAGGGUCUUGUCCAGUCAGACAAUCGGAUUCAGUUCCAUCCGGUGAGUAGUUAUCUCAUAUUAUAAUUGAUUGUUCUUUAGCAAAAUCCUCGAGUCGUUCUCCGAAAAGAUUAUGAAGACCUGAAGUCGAAUGGAAAGGUUACUUUAGGAUGUGGAGGAGGCUCCGGACAUGAACCUUUUGCUGCUGGUGAGUUUUUGAAUAUUUAUUCUUGUUGGUUUAGAUGGGGGUCAAGAUGGAUGAGUUUUGGUUUGUUUCCGGGAUAGAUAUUAAUGAUUGAGAUGUCGUGUUGAAAUUCAUGAAUUUCAGGUUUGGUCGGGAAGAACUCUUUGACGGCAGCCAUUGCGGGAGACGUCUUUGCCUCACCUCCUUCGUCCCAUGUCAGUGAUGCCCUCGAAGCCAUUCAGGGAAAAGCCGGGUCUUUGAUUUAUGUUAUCAAUUACACAGGGGAUCGUCUACACUUUGGAAUGGCGAUUGAGCGGUCGAAAGCCAAACUUGGACCAGAUACAAAGGCUGAUUUGGUUUACAUUGACGACGAUGUCGCCCUGGAAAACAAGCUUGGGGUGACGGUGGGUGGAAGAGGGUUGGCCGGGGCCUUGUUGGUCCUUCAAAUCGCUGGAGUUCUGGCUGAAGACAGGAAAGCAAAAUUUGAGGAAAUUAGAGACAUCAGCAGAGAUGUUAUUGCUAAUAUGGGUGAGUUCUUUCUUGUUUUUGAGGGAGUUUUUGUUGUUUAUGGGCUCCCAAAUUUUUUUGGGGGUUGUGAUGGAUUUUUGAGAGGGUUUGGAAGGAUUAAGCAUGCUGUAAUUUUGUCCUUGGGCCUUUGUUACCAAUAGGAUGAAGAAGAUACUAGGUUAUGUUCGAUUACGCUUACAAGGGAAGUACCCCAAGUGCGACACUCAGAUUUUGAUGAAACAUGGCACAAAUUUAAAAUAAUUUUUUCUAAAAUGUAUGCGAGAAUACUAGCUCGCGCUUUGCAGAAACAGCCGAGAUUUUUAGAUCGAAAGCCGGCGAAAAUUUGACACUUUUUCCGAAUUCCGGCACGAAAAGUUUCAUUUCUACCAUAGAGGAUAAUGUUUUCGCAAAAAAAAAACAAUUUUUUCCGCACAAAACUAGCAAAGUUAUGGCCAAAAAGUGUUUUUUCAAUUUUUAGUACCUUAGAACCCUUAUUUUUGAUUGUUUUUGCAGGCACCUUCGGAGUUUCCCUAUAUCCCUGCGCUCUGCCCGGAAAAGGCCUCAUGUUCGAUCUCCCAGCCGGUGAAAUGGAGCUUGGACUCGGAAUUCACGGAGAGCCUGGUGUGGAAAGGACAAAGCAGACAAGUGCCAAGGAAAUUGUGGCAACAGUCUUGGAGAAACUGACGGCGUCGAAGAGACUUCAGCUCAAAAAGACGGACAAGUUGGCUGUAUUGGUCAAUAAUCUGGGUGGGGUUAGCAAUUUGGAGUUUGGCAUUGUUCAGGGAGAGGUAGCCGCGUGGUUUGGUAAGUUUUCGAGUUUAUUUUUAUAUUAUACUUGAUAUCAAUUUUAAAAUUUUUAUUUUUUUAGCUCAAAAUGGCUACAAAAUUGGCCGUUUCCUCACCGGAACCCUGAUGACUUCUGUGGACGGUCAUGGAUUUAGCAUCACUGUUCUGAGGUUGAAGAGCGAUGACUGGGCUUCCCUUUUGGACACUCCUUCGCAUAUCUCGUCCUUGUGGAAGGCAACCACCCCUCAGGAUGAAGUUGUGAAGCCGCCACAACACAGUCAGUUUGAUGACAACACCAAGGUUGAAUUGGUGGGGGCAAAGGUCGAUGAAGGUGGGGUUAUAUUAAACUUGAAUUAUAUUACACUUGACCAAGGUGGUCUUUUAUGUUAUUAUGAUGAUUUCUUUAAUUUCAGCGACUUCCAAGGCCAUUGAAAAGUCGCUGAGGAAAGCGUGUGAAGAACUGAUCAAGAACGAAGACCUGCUGAACCAGUUGGACUCAACUUGUGGUGAUGGGGAUUGCGGAAAUGCCCUCAAGUCGGCUUCCAAAGGUAAGAUUAGGAUCUGGGACUUGAGGUUUGGAUUUUUUAUGGAUCAAUCUGCCUAUGAAAAGUUAAAUGCUCAUAUUAUUUACAGCGAUUCUCGAAGCCGCGGACCAGAAACGUCUCGCUUUCCAAAACCCCAAAUCCCUUUGCCUCCAACUGUCGAAACUCUGCGAACACUCGGUCGGCGGAACAUCGGGAGCCCUCUACGCCCUCUUCUUUGGAGCUGGAUCCAGAGCAUUCGAGUCGACCUUUGAUUCCAAGUCUCUUCGCGAGGCCAUCAAGCAAGGACUUGAAGCAAUUUCGUAUUAUGGACAUGCCAAACCAGGACACAGGACUCUCGUGGAUCCAUUGAGUGCCGCUGCGGAGGCCGCUGAGAACGCAUCUUGGCCUGAUUUGAUCUCGGUAAGUUUGUUGGACAUGUUUUUUGGAAUUGAACUUGAUUUUGGUUACGUUUGAUGUUAUAUUAGGUUUUUUUUGAAGUUUCAUCUCUUUUCGGUUCGUUUUUGUGUUUUUAGAGUGAUGUGGAGACAUGAUUGAUGUAAUAUAUUUAGUUGUGGUAUUUUUGAGACCUUCAAUUUUUGCUUUCAGACUGUUGAGAAAGCCGCCGAGGCCACGGCCACCAUGGAAGCCAAGAGUGGAAGGGCGUCGUAUACCAACAAGGACCAGCAGAAGCAACCCGAUCCCGGAGCAAAGGCUGUCGCCCUGUGGUUCAGAGCUGCCUUUGACGCCACCCAAUAG